AUGAGAAAUAUUUUAGAUAUUCUUGUAGCUAAACAUCGAGAUCUUUUAUCAUUAUAUUUGCAAGAUGAUGAUUGGGAUAAACUUAAAGUAAUGAUAGAUAUUCUUUGUCCAAUUUUUGAUGCAACAGAAAUUCUAUCUUCUUCAAUAUAUCCAACUAUAAGUGAUGUUAGAUUAACUAUAUUUGGAUUAAUUCGUCAUCUUGAUCUUUUUUUAGAAGACUCUUGUUCAAAUGAUAUUUCUUUACUCAUUGAGAAUAUUAAUUUAAAACUAAAAGAGUAUAUUGAGGAAUCAACAACAAUAAGCACAUUAUUAGAUCCACGAUUAAAAACAAAAACCUUUAUAUCUACUGAGCAGUAUAAAAAAACUAUAAAUAUAUUACAAAAUCAAAUGAAAAAUUAUAAUAAUAAUCAACAAAAUCAUGCAGUUUCAAAUACAAAAAAAAACAAAUAUUUAUUUUUUGAAUCACUUUUAACUGAACAGAGCAGUAGUCCAUCUAUUAAAGAUGAGAUUACAAGAUAUAUAACAGUGCCUGUAGUUUGUGAUACUAAUCUUUUAGACUGGUGGUGCCAUUAUAAAGAUGAUUUUCUGGUUCUUGCAACAAUGGCUUCAUGCUACUUAAGUAUACAAGGCUCAAGUGUUCUAGUAGAGCAAGCAUUCUCAAUAGCUGCUAAUGUAAUUACUAAGAUAUACUGCAAUUUAAAACCAGAAUUAGCUUGUGCUAUAAUGCAUUUAAAAAGUUAG